UUAGCUAAGAAAUAAAAUUCUGUUGUUAAUCAAUAUUCUAAGAUUAUACCUCUUUGAAAUAAGAAAAAUUUCUGCAUAAUUAUUUGGCGGCAUAGUAAAUAAAAGUCUACUGUUAGCGUGGAAUAAGCAACAAUUUUGUCAAAAUGCAAUCUAAUGCAAUGCAGUUUAUGCGUUUAAGUCAGAUAUGGAUACUUUUGGAUACACUUAAUAAGUCGAAGACGAAGAAAGUGCUAGUGAGGGAAAUUUCUUUCAAAAUCAAGUUACCACAAAGAGAAGUGCGACUAGCACUAAGUUCACUGGAUGAAAUUCAAAAUAUCAAUGCUUAUAAAGAAUUUUUUGCGAAUUUGAGCUGUACUAAAUUUAAACGAAAACGCAAACGUAAGCCACUUGCAGAUUGCAAAACCUGUAAAGCCGAAAAGGAAAAUUGCAGAGAGAAACUGAAAAAGUGACAGAAAACUAUUUCAAAAACAAACGUUAAAUCUAAGAGCUCAGAAUCAAUCAAGUUGGAGAAAAAAUAAAUAUGGACUCACAAAGCAACUUGUAACUAAAGUAGGAAAUCGUAGACGUAGAGAUCGGAACACGGUUAAUGAGAAAUUGAUCCAGAAAUACAAGCAAAUAAAGAUACGUAAGCCGAAAA